AUGAUCAACACUUGUGCUGGAUUCGUGCUGAAGGACUGUCGAAUAUCCCGCGGCGCCGCCAUUUGUUCGGCCAGCAAACUUACAGCCGUACCUCGGGACAUCCCGGCAACGGUUAAAAGCUUUGACUUGGCUGUGAACAAAAUAUCCAAGAUCCGAGCAGAUGAUUUCACUAAUUACACGUUGCUGUUGCAGUUAGACAUGAAACGAAACAUUAUUUCACAGAUAGGAAAAGGUGCAUUUGCCAACCUGCGUUCUCUCCAAAAGUUAAACCUGAAUAAUAACAGACUGCCGCAUCUUGAAGAAGAUGUUUUUCACGGUUUGAGCAACCUGACCGAGCUAAGAAUAACGAGCAAUUACAUCAAAACUGUGGAUUCUAACGCCUUUAAGCCUCUGAGAAAUUUAAACAUCUUGGACUUGUCCUUCAACAGACUGCAACACUUGAGGACUGUUCACUUGACCAACAGCACCUUAAGCCUAGCGUACCUAGAUCUGUCCCAGAAUGAUAUCGAUGUCUUCAGCAUCAGCGCAAAUAUUUUUCAAAAUCUCACUUGGCUGAACAUCGGCGGAGCUCCGAGAAAGCACAAGAUGUUAUGGAAGGUGAGCGAAGAGAAGGCUCUCAGGCGGGUGACCACGCUCGAUAUCGGCGGUCAUCAUUUGGCACAGAAAGACGCCACGGUGCUUUUCCAGAGCUUCAACUUCUCGCUGAGCACUUUAAGAAUGAAUGCGAUGAGAGGCAACCUCAGAGAACUGAUCAACAUGUCCUGUACAAUCCCGACCCUGACUCUUUUGCAACUCAGACGCAAUUCGCUCCGGCUGGUGAAUUCCAGCCUGUUUCAGCCCUGCACGACAGUCACUGAGUUGGAUUUGGGUGACAAUCUCAUUUUUAACAUCUCCAACGACUCCUUCGUAGUCUUUCUUGGUCUGAAGAGCUUGACUCUGAGCCAAAACAGGCUCUCCUUUGUCCCUCCUGCUGUUAGGAAUCUGACGAGACUUCAGGAGCUGGACCUGAGCUCCAACAACAUCAGCUCGCUCGGUUGUCAAGACUUUGCGGAACUUGGCAAACUCCAAGUGCUCGGCCUUUAUCAAAACAAGAUCAGGACGAUAAAGCAGUGCGUCUUUAAGGAUCUGACUAACCUUCGGGUCCUCAAACUGCAGGCCAACCAAAUCACAAAACUGAACAGCGCUUUUAAAAGAUACCUGUCAAAUCUUAGACAGCUGAAAUUGGAUAAGAAUAGACUCACUACUAUUGAACAGGGAGAGUUUGAAGGCUUGCGGUCUCUCCAGAACCUAUCAAUGAUGAAUAAUCAAAUCAGCCAGCUUAAAAUCGGUUGUUUUUUGGGCCUGACAAAUCUGACCGACAUACUGCUGCAAUCCAACGAGAUCCAGGCCACUGACAUAACCGCAGCUGUAUUCAGCGAUCUGGUUAAUUUAAGAAGGUUGUUUUUAUUGGACAAUCGCAUCAAGUUCAAGAACCAUUCAGUAUUGCCGUCGGCACCGUUCUCCCGGCUUUCUAGGCUUGAGGCCUUGGUUAUGGCAGGGCAACACAGCAGAGGCAGAUGUCAAUUCCCUGUCAACUUUCUGCAAGGUUUGACUAACCUCCUCAUUUUUGAUGCCAGGAAUACCCAGCUCUUCCCCUUGCACCAAGACACAUUCACAUACACACCUCGCCUUCAGACGCUCGACAUCAGCUCAAAUGAGCUCACAGAUAUCUCUCCCAGGUUGUUUGAUCCCAUCCAGAACCUCCGAAGCCUUUACAUUUCAAGAACCAGUCUUCAAUCGCUUGAUUUCCUAAAGGACACCAACCUUACCAACCUGGAAUUCUUACAAGCUCGACGGAACCAGUAUUCAGUCAUCACAAAGGAACAAAUGAGCUCACUUCCUGGUCUGGUGUAUUUAGAUCUUCAAGGGAACAGUUUCCUAUGUGACUGCGACAACACCUGGUUUCUCCAGUGGAUGAACAAAACUGAAACCCAGGUUUUUGACGCCUAUAACUUCGUAUGCAACUACCCUCUACACCUCAAGGGUAUGAAGCUUCUGGACCUCGAUGUUGGAUCCUGUUCAAUAGACAUAGAGUUUAUACUCUACACCUCUACCUCGUGCGCCAUCCUUCUGUUUCAGUUGGUGGCUUUCACCUACCAUUUCUUGCGAUGGCAUCUGGCCUAUGCCUACCACCUCUUCUUGGCUUUCCUAAAUGAGAGGAAAUAUCAGGACAAGCAGCCCGAGUGUCUCUAUGACGCCUUCGUCUCUUACAACGCCCACGACGAGGGCUGGGUCUUCAGGGAGUUGGUGCCCAAACUUGAGGAGCAGCAGGGCUGGAAGUUGUGCCUGCACCACCGAGACUUCGAGCCAGGGAAACCAGUCAUUGAAAACGUCACCGAGGCCAUCUACGCUAGCAGAAAGACUAUCUGCGUGAUCAGUCGUAAAUACCUGGAGAGUGAGUGGUGCUCCAGGGAAAUUCAGCUGGCCAGCUUUCGCCUGUUUGACGAGCACAAGGAUGUCCUAAUCCUGGUCUUCCUGGAAGACUUAGAUGUCUGGGAGCUGUCUCCUUACUACCGCAUGAGGAAGUUGCUGAAGAAAUGGACUUUUCUGAGCUGGCCAAAGGCCGCACCAUGCCCCGAUCUCUUCUGGGAGAAGCUCCGGCAGGCCCUGAAGACCGGAGACGAAGCCGGUGGCGAACUGUUGCUCCUCACCGUGGAGGAAAGAGAUGCAUGA